AUGGCCCGAGGGAGAGGAUCGCCAGUCACCGCGGCGGCGCUCGUCGCAGCCCUGCUUCUGGUCACCGCCGCCGUCGCCGUUGCCGUCGCGGCGGAGUCCGGGGAGAUCCAUUGCAGGAAGGCCUGCGUGGCGGCGUGCGCCAAGGGCAGCGGGGAUGGUCGGUGCGGCGGCGAAUGCCGGCGGGUUUGCCGUGCCCGGAGAGGUGGAGAGGACUCCACGAUCAAGGCGCAGCCCUUCACUGGGCCCCCCGUCAGAUGA